GGGGCUUAGGGCGAGCGAGAGCGCGAAGAGGCGCGGCGGGCGGCGGGGAUCAAGGCCAGCUACGCGAGCGGGGAUGGAAUGGCUGGGAUCAUGGCUGGGGCAGGGAUGACUGGAGGGCUUGGUGAUGGCGUCGUGGGGCUCAAUGUCAAUGCGACGAGGCCGCAGGAUGUGUUUGACGCGCAGUGCUAUCAUCGGCUGGUCGAGAGCUUCUUUGACGCCGAGCUGUUCAUCGGGAUGAUGGAGGCGCGCGGGGUGGACAAGUACACGCUGCAGCGCGGAGUGGCAGUCUGGCAGGAUGCGUUCAACAACAUCUCGAUGUCGUCCAAGCACCGGGCCAAGUACAUGGCGCGGCUGCGCAAGGUGUCUGCGAUACUGCGGCGCGAUCUGCGGCAGUGAAUGCGGUGGCUAGCGGAUGAUGCGGAGCGUGGCCGACUCUUGCCACUUGUCGGUGACGUAGGCGACGUGGCGCGAGGCGACGGCAGUGGCUACCAGGCCGGAGAUCACCCAUGCACCGAGAAGGACGCCAUCGCGGACAAUAGGCGCGUUGUCGUCGUCCUGGCGGGCAAGCUGGAAGACGUACGUGACAAGGGUGGCAGCCAGGGAGGCGACCAGCGUGGCAAAGUGGAGGCGGGCGUAGGAUGGAAAGCGCGAGCGGGCAGCAAAGAGGCCGGUGACGCCGGCGAGCAUAGGCAGCGGGAAGCCGAUGACGCCCGCAGCGAGGCGGGAGGUCUGCAGCGAGGCGACGCAUGCUUGGACAAAGGCCGCGGUGCCGCCGGCGAGGUUGGCCAGCGCAAUGCCAAAGACUGCGCGAGGUAGGAGCGAGCCGGCACCGACGUUGAGGAAGGGCGAGAUGCGGGCGUCGGGCGGGACCUCGUCUGAGACCGUGGCCAGGCCGACAACGACCAUUCCACCACCGCACCACAGAAUCCAUCCAGCCAGCGGCAGUGCAAGCUCGAUGUUCUCCUUCUGCAGCGCAUCGCCAGUCAAGCAGCUCGCGUCGCUCCGUCCGCACACAUUGACAGCGCCGAGCGAGACGCCGUAGACGCCGACGAC